AUGAUACACGACGGUCCUGCAGUUGGCGCCACAGGAUCUUCACCGUUGUACCGUGCUUUGUGUGUACGCUCUGGCAAUGUGGUUGCACUAGGAAUGCAACAGACUGCGACUGUGAAUUGUGCCGGCAUGGCACUUUUUCGAGUUUUCCAAGGAAACGUUCAGGUGCUGGGCUUUCAACCGCCUCUAGGAGUCUAUUUCUCGUUGCAUUCGCCCAAAUGGAACAACCUCGUGGUGAUCGAAGGCCGACCAGGCAAUGAAGAAACCCAAGCGCCUUUUGGAACUACGAACUUUAGCCUAUUGCAAGUCAUGGAACCCAAUUUACCGACGGAAGCUCUGAUUGAGGACGAGGAGAUCGCUGCAGAUCGGCUGGCCAUGCAGCUCAUAAACGACUUUUCCGUUGUACUGGUGCUCCGUGCAAUCCCCGUCACGUAUGGAAAUGUCAUGUGUUUCUAUGAAAAUACCAGACCUGAGAAACUAUCUGCAGUACUACCAGGUUUCAAGAUGAUUAUCUCGCAACACGAACAGAAUUUCUUAUACGACGCUUCUGCAAAGUUUGAUAGUACGAGUGCUGCACCUCUGACAGUAGAUUCAAUGCAUCACGAUUGGAAGUCACCGGAACGUGUGCUGGCAGAACUUUUGGUGGUGGAAUCGUUCAAGACCCUGCGUAUCACAGAGCCAUGGCAAGCAACCGUGGACAGUCUGCUGGCUAGUUUGCUAGCACAAAAGGGUCCAAUGUCGAAAAAGAUUGUUGUAUGUGGUGGCAAAGGUGUGGGCAAGUCUACUUUUUGUCGAUACCUGAUUAAUCGGUUGCUCUCGCAGUUCAAAAUUGUGGCCUUCCUGGAUACAGACCUGGGCCAAUGCGAACUCACACCACCUGGACUCGUGGCGCUGCACGCUUUGACGACGCCAUUGAUUGGUCCAGGAUUCUCGCACAUGAAGAGUCCAAUCCGGUCCUUUUUCUGUGGAAACACCAACCCAGGCAACGAUCCAUUGUACUAUAUGAAGGCAGUCAAGAGUCUGCUGCGUGUAUAUGACGCUAAAUGGGGCAUUCAAAGGAGAGCAAACAGCAACAACGUAAAUCCUCGGUCAACAGAGCACGCAUUUGUACCACUAGUGAUUAAUACAGACGGCUGGAUCAAGAGCAUGGGACACGAUUUGCUGUGUAGUGUGAUUCAGGAGACAAGCCCCGACCACGUCGUGCAGCUAGUGGCCGCAACGAAAAACAAACAAUUUGAUGUCCCGACCGAAGGUAAUUGGCAUAUCCAUGCUGUUUCACCUUGGGAUCCUGUCGGUCUCACACAACCUCCUCGUAGUUCCAAAGACCUGCGAGUCUAUCGUUUCCAUUCCUACUUCUUGGCUCAAACUCGGUGCAAUCUCUCGCGACCUCGUUUGCAAAACUUGCAAGUACUAUCUGAAAAAAACCGCUUGGACAGCGACAUUUAUCGUGCAUAUGCACGUCUCACGCCUUUCGUCGUAUCCUUUGACCAGGUCGACAUUUCAUUUACCGGUUCCUCCGUGCCUCCAAGUCAACUCCUGUUUUCACUCAAUGCUAGUGUCGUGGGUCUAUGCGUCAAUCCUGACUACAAGCCAUUCAUGCAAGAUGAAUCGACUAGUCUACGUCAAGGACCACCACGUAUCGUGCUUGAACCUGUUCAUGCUCCGUGUCUUGGUAUUGGAAUUAUUCGGGCAUUGGAUCCCAAGAAACGUCAACUCUUUCUUCUGAGCCCGCUGUCUCUUUCCGUCUUACAACGUGUGAAUUUGCUCGUACAUAGCAAUAUCUCGCUUGACAGUAUCAUGUUGUCUAUCGAUGAGUCUGUUCAAGCUCCAUACAUUGUGACUGAUAUCAUAUCAUCGGAAGGUUCUGGUUCUGCUGUGAUGCAAAGUCGAUAUAAUCUGAAACGUAAGCGUGAUACUAAAUGA